AUGUCCGUGAUCAGCGCCUUGCCUUUCCUGAAGCCCAUUCACCUGAGGCCUCCGCGGAGCUCGCCCGGACGCCAACGCCGCCACACGCUUCCCGCCAGCGAGUUCCGGUGCCUCACUCCCGAGGAUGCAAUCAGCGUAUUUGAGAUUGAGAGAGAAGCAUUUAUCUCCGUUUCGGGCGACUGCCCCCUUCACCUGGAUGAGAUCCGCCACUUUCUGAACCUGUGCCCUGAGCUGUCGCUUGGCUGGUUUGAAGAAGGCCGACUGGUGGCUUUCAUUAUAGGAUCCCUUUGGGACCAAGAAAAACUCAGCCAGGACGCACUGACUCUGCACAAGCCCGGUGGCACCACCGUGCACAUCCACGCGCUGGCCGUGCACCGCACCUUCCGCCAGCAGGGCAAGGGCUCCAUCCUGAUGUGGCGCUACCUGCAGUACCUCCGCUGCCUGCCCUACGUGCGGCGGGCCAUGCUGAUGUGCGAGGACUUCCUCAUCCCCUUCUACCGGAAGUGCGGCUUCAAGGUGCGGGGCCCCUGCGAGGUCACCGUGGGCUCGCUGGCGUUUGUCGAGAUGCAGUACCCCGUGCGCGGCCACGCCUUCAUGCGCAGAAACAGCGGCUGCUGA